UAAAUAAAAUGAUCCCUAUCAACGCAAUUUUUAAAUUAUCAAUUUGCUUUCGGCUACAAACAUCAGUGCCACCCUGUGUUGCUGAUAGGCAGUUUGACAGCGGCGUCACUCCUUGUUGCAAAUGCUUUGUUUACUGUAAAAUAGCUCUCGUCGGCAUGGCGAAAGCAGUGCGGGAAAUACACAAUAUCUGCCGAUUGUGCUUGUGCCAGGACGAGCAGCUGCUGAGACCAUUAACGAGUAAGCUGGGCACCUUGCUUAAGAUUGAAGAUGUAGCACGAUUCACCGGAAUUAAGAUCAACGUAAAGGGUAACAUCUCAUACGCGAUCUGUUUCGCGUGCACACAGAAACUGACAGCGUCGGCCAAAUUUCGCCAAUGCUGCCUCAACAAUGAUGCCCUCUUUCAAGUGCUUUCCGGUGUACUGAUCGCUAGUACGGAGGGGUUACAAACCGAAGAGGCUGUUGGCGAAAAAAGCGAUUCCCAGCAAGCGACCACCGACGACGACGACGACGACGACGACGAUGACGAUUAUGAGUAUGAGCAAGUGUAUGAAGAGGAAGAUGAAUCGGUUUUCAAGCGCGCCGACGGUACGGGCCAGCAGGAGUACUCAUACACGCACCAGGAAGAGGAAAGUGAUAGUGAUAGUUCGUACGUCGAGCCGGCAGACUACUCGGCGAACUACAUCGAUCCCGGCACACAGUCCGACAGCGAUGAGUACGGCAACUCUGGUGCCGGGCCAAUCCUAUACAAAUGGUCAGUGGUCCAGCGGGCGGCAGCAGCGAGCACGGCCGAGCAUCACGACAGUUCAUCACAAGGGAGCGAAAUUUGUACGAUGCGCACGAGAAAGUCGUACAAACAGCAGCAGCUGUGUACCAUAUGCGGGAAGCUGGUGACCAGCCUGUCCGUGCACACCAACUCUGUGCACAAGCAGGCGCGGGUUCACGCCUGUCCCCACUGUCCGAUCGCCAUGACCAACAAAGGCAAUCUGGUCAAGCACGUGCGUGCGGUACAUCUGAAGCUGCUCUGCGAACGGUGCAAACUGUGCGGCAAGGGUUACACGAGUAGCAACUCGCUCAAAUCGCACAUGCUCGCCCAACACGGCAUCGGUGAGCGGGCAAAAUGUAAGCUGUGCCCAAAGCAGUUUAAUCAAAAAUCGGCCCUGCACGACCAUAUGAAGCGCAUUCACUCGAAUGUACGGCCCUUGGAGUGUGACAUCUGUGGCAAACAGUUUAAAGUGAGACGGGCGCUGCGAGUGCACAAGAGCGUCCACUCGGACGAGCAACCGUACGCGUGCGGCAAGUGUCCGAAGCGGUUCAAAAGUAGGCACGCGCGCAACAUCCACGAACGCACGCACAGCGGUGUGCUGUUUCAGUGUGACCUGUGUGGCAGAUCGUACCGCUACAAAUCGUUAUUAAAUAUGCACUUGCGCAAAAUGCACCCGGAGCUGGUGGCCGAGAAAGAGCAGGACGAGCAGCAGUUGGGCUAGGAAUGAAGGGUAAACCGAACAGAGAAAGGAAAAAAUAAAUGAGUCUUAAAUCUCAAUGCUUGUCAAAACGUGCAGGUCGAAAUCGUAUGCGAACGUCGUGGUGCUUUCAAAUAGGAAACCGUUAUUUUAAAAUUUUCCUAUCGGAGAUGUCCAAAACAACAGCAGCAACAGUACAAAUUAGAUAAGUUUUAAUGUGAUGUUGCUUUAUAGAUACUUUAAGAAAUUCAUUAUUCAAAAAUUUGUUUAAGGACGUAAGGAUACGCGAUUUAACAAUUUCUCCUAAACGAAUGACAUUUUUUUUUCAUUCAAAGUUUUUUGGUGAACGUGACUCGCAACUAAUCCGUCGCCUGUUUGCACACUACGUGGUUCGAUAACGUAUCAAAACAUUGAUAUAAUUGAUGGUCCUAAACUUCCCCCAUAUUUGUAUCCGUGCACACCAAUGCGUUCCACCAGCUCACACACACACACACGCGCGCGCGCGCACCCUGAUCGGUUGAGAUAAGCAGACGAUAGAAAAUAAUGUUAUCUUUUCCCGCGGCGUUGGAUAGUGGGUUUCCGCGGUUUGGCUUGGCCCGUUCCAAUUAUCGGUGCAGUGUGAGCUGGGCAAACGUUCCGACACCACGACAAGCGCCCCAACCCGGGAGGGAUUAGCACCUAGACCGUUGAGGUGUUGUCCGGCAGUGUCCGCUAACAGGCU